GACAAAUUAAUCUUCAAUUUGGAAAAUAAGCUAGGUUCAAAACAUAAAGCUAGGCACCUUGACAAUGAGUGAAAAUAAUCUCACACUUGCUGAAAUUGCUCGGUGCUUUAGGCUUGAAGAGAGUGAAUUAGCUUCUCUAUUGGUGUCUGCUGAUAAUGAUGUUGCAGAGAGAGAAUUAGCUUCUAUGUUGCAGUCUGCUGAUAUCCUUCCACCUGAAUUAUCGAAUCAUAAAUUAGAGAAGGAAUAUUUUAUUACAGGAACUACGACUGAGGAUUUGUUUAUGAAACAAAAUGAAGUUGAAAAUUUUAUUGAGUUACAAAGAAAGUUUACUGAAAUAUGCCCAGAUUAUGCUGACGAACUAACGCCGAACAAUAGACUAAAGCACUCGAAUUUGCUUCAAAGGUAA